UCGAGCGCAUGGUGCUGCCUCGGCGCCCUCGUCAUUCGCCUCCAAGUGACUCGGCCGGCCGCACGCUCCGACCUGCUGCCCCUGCCAACAUAAUACGCGCGUCCACCUGCGGCCGCCACGACUUCGGCCUCAUGGCCGCUCCCCCGCACCGGAGGACUUCAUGGAAGCCGCCGAGUACUGCGUCGCCGAAAAGGGCCAUCGCUGGACGGCCUUGGAGAUGUGCUGCGUCGUUGUUGUUGUCCACGUGCGACGUGCGAUGGCCCGCCCAGCAGGGCUGACCAGCGCCGCCGCUAGCCAAACCUCCUUGCGAAAGAGGAAUUGGGGCUGGUUCAACCCUUCGCAAAGAGCCGCAGCGACUGGGCAAAAAGCUCGCCCUAUGCCGCACGCACCAUUUUCGGCCCACCCGGCACUGGCAAGACGGUGACCGUGGUCGAGACCAUCCUCCAGAUCUACAAACUCGUCUCGCCCUGCAGGCAAAUAAGAUCCAGGUGGCCACCGUAGCAACAGUGCAGCUGACCUGGUGAAGGAGGAAGGAUCGAGCUGCUUGUUUGAGAUGGCCAAAUAGUUAAAAUAUUAAAGCACAUGAGAAUUAAGAAGCCAAUUUUUGCCGCUGGUUGCCGAGCAGACACUGCGGCUGCUUCCUACUCAACGAGAAUUCUGAUGGGUCAUUCAGGAAGUAAUUAACAGGACAAAAUCCUCAUCUUCAUCUAAAACAUUUAUGCGUCCUCUGAAAUUAUUGCGCGUGGCUUAUUUAAAUUUUAUGGAGACAAAUUUCUUGCCAAGUUAAUUGGUAUAGUUUUUGGCAACUAUACCUAAAGAAAGGAGAUGCCCAAAUUUUUAAUUCCUUACAAAUUGUUAGACUUCUUGAAAAAAAAAGUCAUUUUGUGGUAAAUUUCCAAGAAAUUUUGUUUACUUGGAACAAUCAAUCUUAAAAGUUAAAAAUUUACAGGAAUCAUUUUUUUUUUUAUUAAAUUUAUUAAUUUUGAAGAGUUGAUACUUGAUUUUCUUGUAAAAUUUCAUCACCUUGAUAAUUCUAAUUUAUGUUGAUGUUGAAUUUAGUCACAACAGCAAAUGGUAAAGUAACUUAAAUUGUUCUAAAACUCACAUUUUGUGACAAAGAACAACAAACGCAACAAUAAUGGACUAAAUAGAUUGAGGCGAAAAUUUUACGAUGCCGUGCAAACACUAUUUUUGUAACAUACAGGAAAUCAUAAAUAAAAACUUAGAAGUAUUAAAAACAAUAAUUCGUUUUUGGCAAUAAACUAGUGGGAUGAAAAUGUUAAAAGAGCGCCAUUAUGCUUUUAACUUCAAUUAUUUUGCUUGUUCAUCUUAAGUUCCGCUUACAAAAAAGUUAAUAUCAUUUGAAAAAAAUUCAAGAUGAUCUCAUUCAAUAAAUUUUCUACUGUAAGCGCAAAGUAUUAUUUCUGUGAAUUUGAUAAAAAUAAUCAUCUUCUAGGCAAGAUCAUUUUUUUAAAUUUAUGUCAUGACUUGAAGCUGCAGAUAAAGUGUUUCUCAAACAUCUUAAUUAACUAUUUAAAAUGCUGCAAGAAUUACAAACCAAAUAAUUCAAAUUACAACUCCUUUGUAUUUUUGCAAUAUUAUUAUGACCACUGGCCCAAUUUUCUUUGGUUUUUAACUUACGAUUAAUCAUCUAAUUUUUUCUAUUCUCUAUUAUUUUCUUGUCUUUCUGUCUUUGACAAAAAUUGAAACCCGAGUUUUUUUAGUUGCUUGUUAAUUUUUUCAUUGUGUUUUGCAUUGUUGGUUAGAGUACAUUGUUGGAUUUGUCAUCUGUUCUUUGAAUAAAAUUUCAGUCAAAGUCAUAUUUGCCUUUGCUGAUUAAUUAAUUUGCAGCACCAGAAAGAGUAAGUUUUCCAAGUAUGUAUUUUUAUUAUUUUUCAAAUUUUUGACCAAAAAUUGUGUGAAUUUUCAGUCAAAUGAUGCGUUUGGAAAGAAUGUGGGGUUUGUGCAGGCCCAAUUAUCUUUGUCUCAAAAGCUACCGGGCCACAAAAGGAGGCCAAGUGAAUGUUGGCGGCGGCGCUGCUUCUUGGCCUCGCAAUUUUUCUGCUCCCGGGAAAAUCUGCUUUUCCAGUUCGCCUGCCUGACACAUUCGUUGCUUUGGCCCUCGUCAUAAAGCUGCGUCGGUCAGGCAAAAUCCUACCGUAGACUGCAUCCACUUCAAGGACGAGCUGUUCGUCCGCAACGGCACCGCAGGCUUGAGUCUGCUUCCCAAGUUCAAACCCAAAGGGACGCACGGCUUUCUUCUUGACAAGUUGCUGAGUGUGGAAUUUGAGGGUGCAAACGCUGGCAUCGCGUUCAUGAACACCACCUUCUACAACUUUGAAAUCGCUGUCAAGCGGAGCACAAUGCACUACUACCCGGAUUAUGAAAAGUUGACCUGGUUCGCCAUGAUGAGAGCUGCUCUCCUUUUUCAAAUCUACCCUCUCCUCUCGCCACAAUUCAAAGAGCUGUACAGCGUUUUUGGAAAAGGCGGAACGGUCAAGGACUUCAAGCUGGGGGCAGAGAUGGAGGCCAGCUUGGCCCUGGCAGUCAACCCAAAUUUGAUCGAGUUCAACACUGCGUUGUUCAAAGCCCUCAACCAGGACAGUCAUGGAAACGUUGCCCUACACUCAGCGAAUUUGCCAAAAUGCUCUUUGGAAGUGGCGUCGGCCAUAACCAAAAUCAUCAAUUUGGCGCUCAAAGUGUCCGGGCUGAAGUUCCUCAAGAGGGUCCGGGAUAAUUUUGCCAUCGUGUUGUCCUUCAUUUGUCAGCCGGAGAAACGCCACCUCAGCUGGUUUAACGUCAUUUUCUCCUAUUUCCGAAAAAUGCCCCGAAGCGUCCAGGAAGAAAUGCUCUCGAUCAUGGCUGUGAACGUGCCCAGCGAGGACGCACUGAAGAUUGUCUUGAAGGUGCAGGAAAACUUGGUUGUGCGCCCUUGGCACCGCGACGCCUUCGAGCCUCUCAUCCAGAUGCUCAUUUUUGUCUCCAUCAGCCGAUGCCCCAUUCGCCAAGUUCCCAGCCUGCCCUUGGGUGAACUGCUCACCUUGUCGAAUUCCGUCAGGUCUUUCGAGCAUCCUGGCACGCUAUACGUGUUCAUCGCCAUGACCAUCCCCCGACUCACGGCACUCAUCCCCGAGCUGCAGGCCAGGAACUUGCUCGGCCUGGAGUUUGUCCGCGCCGACCUCCUGAUCGCCCUCUUCAAUCAACUGAGCAUGGAUGCAGAUAUGCAUGUCACCUCCACCAUCAUGAUCUAUGAGUGGAUCAUCUACCUCUGGCCCAGCGCCCUUGCCAAGGUGGAAUUCAUCCUGAUCUGGGCAGCACAGUUGCCAUCUCCGGUUUCUGUCAAUGUGUUGAAAUGGCUCCCCAUUGUCGUCAAGACCUGCAUCCAGCUGGGUCUCUCCAAGACCAACCCUCUGGACCAGAUUGCUUCCGAGCAAUUUCUGCAACCAUUCAUGAAGAGGAAAACGUUUUGGGUGUCUUGGGAAUUGGACUUCAACAAUUUCGUAAAGGAUGUGGAUAUGCUUAUCUACCUCUUACAAGAUGAUGAAAUUGAGCCCAAUCCGACAGAAAUGCCAGGUGAAUUCGGAACCGAAGAAGAGAUCAGCGAGUUCUUGAACGAGAAGUUUUUCUGCAUUGUAAGCAAGACUGUCGAUGGUCAGCUGCUUGAAUUCCCCCGUUCGAUCCUUGUGCCCCUGGACCCCGAGUCGGAAGAAGACGCACAUCUUUUUGAAUUGGAACAUUGGCUGCCCCAACAAAUUUCAGUGAAGGCGGUUCCCGCUGACACCGAUUUGGCUUCAGAGGACAUGGCCGAGGACAACUGGGACCUUGUGUCCGACAACUUGUCCCCCCUCUUCGCCUCUCCUCCAACAUCUACCUUGCACGCAUAUCCUGCUCUUGGCGAGGCUUCUGACCAUCAAGGCCAGAACUCUCUGGCCACGCCGGAUGCCUUCAGACGCGCUCAUAGAAUGCGUUUUAGGUUCCCAAAUAAGGCAGUGCCAUGGACUCCACGGGACCUCGGAAUUGUCAUACCUGAGCUACCACGCUUUGGCCCUCAGAAGGCCAAAGACAAGCAGAAGGACGCUGCUGAGACUGCAGACUCACCACCUCAAGAAGAGGCACCUGAGUCGUCGGAUGCUGACCAGCAGUCCAGCCCAAAACCUAGCAACCAAGACUAUGACUCCGCACCUGAAGAAGAAGCCAUGUGCCUGCACUUCGUGGACAGAGUUUUCCUCAGCAGCGCCAACGGCUCUUUGCUGCCUCCUGUCUGUGCCGACGCUGCACAGAGGACCUACCCUGACAUGGAAAAGCUUUUCCAAAGAGUUGAGCAGCAACUUGAAGGGCAAAAUCACUCCGAUCACGGAGAAACCUUCAUCAAGGAGACCUUCGUCGUUGAGUUUUCGACUCUCAUUCUCUCCAACGAACCCAUCGCUGAAGGCAGCAAGUUGGCCUGGUUCUCGAUGCUGCGCGCCGCUCUGCUCUUCCUCGUGCCCACCACAGACAAGGAUUUUGAGCCGAGGCAAGUGAGGCGAAUUUUGCUGGAGGGAAGCAAACACCUUCAGCUCGAAGACGACCUCCAGUCCAGCCUGCUUCUGGCCCUUGACCCCAAUGUUCAGCAUUUCAACUUGCUGAUCAACAGGGCGCUCCUUUCCGAAGAAAGCUCCCAAAUUUUCAAACUGCGCAAUUCCUUGCCCAAGUGCAGCUUGGAAGUCGCCGUAGCCACCUUGAAGACCCUCAACGUUGCCAUCUAUGUUUCCAACUUGAGCUUCCUGAAAAAGGUCAGGGACAACCUUGCCGCAUCCUUGCCCUUCAUCGUCCAGACUGACGAGAGGCACCUCUUGUGGCUCAUGGUCAUGUUUGCUGCGUACCGGCAAGCGUCCGAAUCUGCCCAGGAAGCAAUGCUUCAGAACAUGCAGCGAUCUCUGCACGGCUUGUACGCAGAGAAGAUUUUGGUGGAGCUGGAUGGCAAAUUGGAGAAGCUGCAGGUCGACACUGCCCUGCACGGCCUGGCCAAGCAGCUGUUGGCAAUGGUGGGCACAUGUGCCAUCAUCAAUCGCCCCGUCAGUCAAAUGGGCAGCCUGCCCUUGCCUGUGUUGCUGGCCCUGGUGGUGGACCCUGAGAAGGACGCCUGUCCUAGCUGGCCUGUGAACUCCACCCUGCUGCCCUACCGGCUCUUCGCCCUCAUCCCUCACCUGGUGGCCAAUAACUUCUUCGGGUUGAAUUUGCAGCCCGCACUGCAGAGGGCCCUCUUCAGGCGCCUGCUGGUGUUGCCCACUCCGCGCGUCCGUCUGAUGGCCCUCGAGUGGGCCAUCUACCUGAGCCCGAGCGCCCUGGCCAAGGCCGAGUUGGCCCUGUGCUGGGCCAAGGAAAGCUUCAGCCCGCCCAUUGCCGCCGCCAAUUUGCUCAGCAUUUUGCCAGCGAUCAUCAAAACUUGCCAAAGGCUGGGCCUCACCAAGACCACCGGUCUUGACCCUGCCAGCCAGGAGGUGGCUGACAGGUACCUACUUGAGUUCGCUCAUUACUGGCACCAGAGCCCUGCGGAGUUCCUUUGCAGCGUGCAAAAGCUCAUCCAAGACAAGCUCGGCCAAUGUGCCAUAGAUUUGCCCAAAAUCAAAGAAGAUAUGCCACAGGAUUUCCAAACUGAGAAAGAAAUCUGCAAGUUUUUGGAUGGCAUGUUUUUCACUCAUGUGAGCCUUGUCAACGACCAGCAGCAGGAAUUCCCUCGCUCACUUGUUGUGCCUCUGGACAUCACCCAGGCCAACGAACAUUUAUUUGGAGUUUUCGACCCUCCCGCACCACAACUUGAGGUCAUCGCAGUCCCCACAGGCACCGCCCUGGCGUCCGAGGAUUUUCCCUUGGCCGAUGCUGAUUGCGACCUCGUGUCCGACACCCUCUCCCCACUGCUGCAGCCCAGCUCUCCCCCUCAAGAAGAGCGCGUUCAAGAGGCUGCUGAGAACAACCCCGAAGAGGCCGAACAGAAAUCUCCUGCAGAGGAUGAUGACGAAGAGGAAGAGUGGCUUGAUGCCAGAGACGAGACAACCCACUCUGAUUCAGAUGCUUCUGACCAUCAUCAGGAAUCAGAAGCUGAGGACAACCAGACUUCAGAUGACUCAUUUGAGGCUGCCGAAGGAGAAAGUGGACCUGAAACGGUUGAUCAGCUGCCAGUCCCCACAGGCACUGCCCUGGCGUCCGAUGAUUUGCCCUCGGCCGACGUCUUCUCCGACGCCCUCACCCCUCUGCUGGAGCCCAGCACUCCCCCUCAAGCAGAGGAGGAUGACGAAGAAGAGGGACCUGUCAUCCUAGCAUUGGACUCUCCAGUCCCCGACGAAGACACCGUCGAGGACAGCCAGGAUGCAGAGUCUCGACUGGUGGUUCCUGAGACUGAAGACGAAGAGGAGGAUGAAGAAAAAGAGAGACCUCACUCUGAUCAUGCUGAGGAACAGCCUGAACUAGACAAUGCCUCGGCUCUGGAGACCGAUGAGAAAGUGGACGGCUUGGACUCUGGAGAAGAGGCUUCUCAGGGUGAUGCUCCUGAGGAGGAAGACCAGGCUGCCAUCGACCAGGAAAAAACUCCGGCUAAGGUUGCAGCACCUCCAGCAGCAGCACCUCCGAAACCAAGAAAGAGGUCUGCCGAACCUGAGGAGCCGGAAGACGAUGCUCCCACGGAGGUCUUUCGUGUUGUGACCAGGAACAGGGCCAAGGUCAACAAGAUCGAGCUCCUCAGCCUCUACGAGCCCCCAAAGAGGGCCAGGAAGCGCCCUUCUGACCCCACUGCUGACCCGAAGGUGAUCAAAGAAGGUCCCAAGAACAAGCGUGGAAGGAAGACCAAAGUGAGACCAGUUUCUCAGGCUCCUCGCGCCCUUCAAGCCAAUGGGCAGCCCAUGGAGCGUAGAAAGAGGAAGAAUUGGCAGCCAGAUCCGGAUGACAUCCUUCCCGGAGAUCGGCUCUCGAACAAGCGCCACGCGUUCGAUGAGGCCACGCAGGCCAUCGGCUUCUGCCUCGGGCAGGGGGCCAACAUGGCCCUCUACCAUCGCCAUUGACUUGGCUGCCAUUCGCCCCUAACAAGAUGAACUAUUUAGAAAGUAAUUAAGACGAGGCAAAUUACUCCUAGAUGCACUGUUUAGAGCACAAGCUGUUCUCUAUACUUCAAAACUGGACAUCGAUUACAUCAAAUUGCAAGACUGUGCACCACUCCUGUCCACACACCAGCAGACAGGGAUGUUUACCUCUCAAAGAUUCUAAUUAAGAGAGAAACAAGCACAGUCAGACCUACAAAUUUCUCAACCCUCUCAAUGACUUUUAUGUCUUUUGUGGAAUCAGAAUGCACAGCUGAUCAAGCGCAUUUUGGCACCAACAGCAAUACAGAGAGGAUGGCGAGAAUCUGCGAUGUCAGCAAUUCGAUAAGUACACAAACCCGAUUAGUUUUAGAUAUUUUUGGCUGCCGAGUAAUUAUUCUUAUAUUGAGAAGGAAAAUUUAAAAAAUAAUGAUUUAGUUUAAGUGAAAAAUAGAAAAAUCAAAAAGAUAUUAAAAAAAACUUGAAAACUUGUUGAGUAAAAAAAAAUUAAAAUUAGAAAAUUUUUAUAAAGAUUACUAAAAAAAAUAGAAAAUUAAAAAAAAAAUAUUUUAAGAAAUGCAAUAUUUAUGUAGGGAAUAGGUACAGAUGGAGCUGAGUUUAUCACUGUUUAUUUUUUUUAAAUUUUGAAUACAUUAAUUAUACAUAUUCUUCAUAUAUGUACUAUGUAGAUAUCACAGAAAUUUAGAUUUAAGUUUUGCCCUGAAUUUUAGGUUAAAUUGAAACUGCUACUCAUGUGGCCAUUAGGCAAGGGCAUCAUUCUUAUUGGUUAUUCUGCUGAAGCAGUAAAAAUGGAAAAAGAAAAAGUUAAGAAUGCCCGUAAUAUAUCUGUACAGAAAAAGCCCAUGAGUAAAAUGUUAACCCCACUCGGCAGCCUUUAAUUCCCCUCGUACAUAUUUGUGCUAUAUUUUUGUACAUAUUGGUUAAGGAAGCGGCCGCGCUGAUAAAAGGUUCACUAUUAGUUUUUAAGAGAAGUCUCAUAUCAGGCAUUGGCAUUUCACACUGCUUAAGUUUUUCAAAGAAAGAUCAGUGUGAAUUGCGAGGUCAAGCAAUAUUUAUUUAUUUGAUAGAAUUUUCAACAUUCCAUUUAGAGAAAAUUUAUUUUUCGAGAUAUAUGGGAGAUGUCUCGAUGGAAAAUGACCUCUAGUCAGAAUUGAAUUGAAACUAAUAUUACCUGAUGAGACUUGUUAGGUCUGAUUGUGAUAGAAACUGGAAAUUGCUCUUGGCCUGCAGAGUCACUUUGCCAGCAGGUCGAGCGCACUUGUUGCUGCAAGACCUGCCAGCAGGUGAGACUUGCCAGGUAGGUUUUCUUUUUGUAAGGGCGGAGUGAGAGAUGCCCUGUUGGACGCGAAAACCGACAGACAAUUUGUUGGUGGCGCGAUUGGAGGCGAGGGGCGCCUGAGGGAUCGGCCGGGAAGAUUGAGGGCGAGUCACGUCCGAACAGAAGUUCGGACGGGUCGUAAAACAUGCACCGGCAAAGGUGUCCAGACGAGCGUCGUCUUUCGUAGCUCCGCGAGGCUACAAGUAGCUCCGAGGCUCGAUUUUUUUUUUAGGUUUUUGCCUUUUCUUUUUUCAGCCCUCCAACCUUGUUCGCGAACUCGAGCCUCGCUAGUUUCUAGUUUCCGAGCAGCGUCCGGUCUGGCUGUUCUUUUUUGCACCGCCAACGUAAAUUCACAGUUAGCGAUUCUUUUUUCAGGCAGGACUACACAAAUCCCACAGGAUACGUCAGACGCACACUUACCCUUUUUCAUUCCGAAAGUUUAAUUUUAAUUUUCAUGAAACUAAGUAUGACUUUUUAGGAAUCACAGUCUCUCAUUGACAUUUGAAUUUUCAAUCAUUUAAAAGCAGAUUGAAAGUUAAUUUGCACCUCGAUCUCUUCCAUUUUUUCUUUAAAAAAAACGGUAAAUUUGAACCAAUUCGUGUCUCCCAGGAAAUCAAGUUUUGUGUGGAGUUUUUUUGUUCUUAAAUUAAAUUUCGAAAAAUUUGAAGGCGAUUUUUGACCUUCUUGUUGGGCCUGACUGAGAGCAGCAGUCAGGCCGGCCGCGUUUUUUUUUUACAAAUUAAUUUGUCAAAUUAAUGGACAAACAAUUAAAUUCACUCCACACUCACUUGGCUUCCCACCCUUUGCGCCCCAAUUUAAUUAAAAAUCUUUGAUCGAAGCUAAAAUGUAAUAGAUCAAGUUGCCAAUUAACUUUCACAUUUCUUUUAAAACCUUGCAAAAUUUAAAUGCCAAAGAUAUUCCACGAUUCUUGACAGAGUGAUAUGAAUUUCAUGAGAGUCGAGGUUAAAUGGAAGGUUUGAAAACACACGUACACCCCACAAACGCAAACCAACACUUACACAACGCUCAGUUUUUUUUGGCUAGGGACGUCCCGGUAGUUUCUAGAGCAAAAAAAGUAGCAUGGCGACGUUCCGGGACCCGGCGGUUCACAAGAGCCGUCGCAUCCACGCGUGUCCGGUGAUGGACACGUUGGGUGGUCGCGUGCGUGUGAAGCCUCGGACAAGUCAGCAAUCGCCCCGACCUUUACCUCAGGCGCCCCUUACCUCCAAUCGCGCCAACAAUGAAUUCUCCGUCGUUUUUUGCGCCCAGCAAAAAGUCAACCUCCCUGGCAAGUCUCACCUGCUGGCAGGUCUUGCAGCAACAGGUGCGCUUCACUUGCUCACAGGUCUUGAGCACCUUGCGUCCCUUUUACCGAAUGAACACCGCAAUAUUUGCACUCCCUUUACAAGUGCAGCAACUAUUUUUUUUUUAUGCGUGUAAAGCAUCAAGAGCCACUUUUGGCCAACAUUCGAUUUGCUUUUUGAUAUUUUUACACCGCAAAAGUUGCACUCCUUUUACAAGUGCAUCGGAUACUAUUUUUUUAUUCAUUUAAAGCAAGAGCCACUAUUUUGCCAACACACGCUCUGCUUUUUGAAAUUCGCAAUCGUUAUAAUUUUUUUUUAAAUAAUAUCAAAAAUAUGAAUCAUUUACACAUUUAGCUAUUAAGUUAAGACGUACAUUGCUAAUGAUGAGGAAAAUGUUUUAUAAAUUUCUAUUAAUCAGUGUUAUGAAAGAAUUCAAGCUCGUGGGCCGAUAAGCAACGGUUCUUUUAAUAAUUUGUGCUUUAAAAAAACAGUCACAGCUCAAGCCGCUAAUUAACGGCUUUCGUCAAAUGUGAGCUUCAAAAAAAAAAAAAAAAAAAAAAAAAAAAAAUAGUAUAGCACUGUUUUUAGAAUUUGAUGCUUCAAUUAGUAAUUAAGGUAAAAUAUUUUUUACAUCUACUCCAUAUUGUACACAAAUCUUUCCUCUAAAUAUUCUGUUAAAGCUCAAGCCGCUAAUUAACGGCUUUUGUCAAAUGUGAGCUUCUAAAAAAAAAUCACAAAAAACGGGCGCAGCUCAAGCCGCUAAUUAACGGCUUUCAUCUAAUAUGAGCUUCAAAAAAAAAAAAUAUUUAACACCGUUUUUUAGAAUAUAAGGCGUCAAUUAGAAAUGAAGUAAAAAUAUUUUCAUCAACUCUGUCGUACAAAAAUCUUUCCUCUAAAUGUUCUGUUAAAGCUCAAGCUCCGUAAGUAACGGCUGUUCUAAUAAUUCGAGCUUUCACAAAGAGACAGAACUGAAUAAUAUUAUUCUGCCCAGCCAGAUACAAUUAGGUGAAUGUAAAUUGAAUAAUCAGUCACAUAGGCGCAGCUCGAGCCGCUAAUCAACGGCUCCCAUCAAAUAUGAGCUUGAAAAAAAAAAUAACUGCCUGCUGAAAAUCACAUUGAUCACUUCAACAACUUCAAGUACCCUCUCUCAGCUCCUAAAAAUUAAUGAAAAAGAGGGUACAAGAGAUUUUUCUCUGCUUUUCUGCAAUCUGAAAAUUGCAUUCACCCGAGUUAGGUUUCAUGUAUAUAUUUCUAGAUUUAAGUAAAACAAGCUCCCCAUGCAAUAAAAAUCAUAUUUUUAAGCAUUAUAUUGCUAAGAAUUCUCUCUGAACAAAAAUAUUUACCAGAUGAACCAAAGAAAUCAGCGCGGCCUAAUAAUUAUUCUUACUGCUUCAAAAACUUGUAAAUAAUUUUGUAAAUAAUUGUUUGUAAUUUGAU